CUACUCCUCUGACCCAUCUUAUAGUGUUCCAUUUGCUUUUGUUGUUCUUUCUGGAAUGUUCUUCUCUCAGAUCUAGGUGCAGCUGAUUCCUAAAGAGGCUCCAGCUCUGGGGCCAUCUCCUUGGUGAAGUUCCUACCUCCUCAGUGAAGUUCUCCUUGGUUGCCUAACUCAGCACUUGACUAUAUCAUAGUGUGUUUUCCAAAGCAUGCAUCAUUAGCUGAAAUUCUUACUUACAUGGUAUUUAUUUAUUGUCUGCUUCUCCCCACGAGAAUCUAAUAUCCGCAUCACAGGAAAGAUCAGUCUUGUGUACUCUUCUAUCUCUAGGACCUAAAUAAUGUCUGCCUAAUAGUUGGUAUUCAGUAAUUAUUAAUAAUAUAAUAAGGUAAUAAAAAGAGUGAGGAUUCUAUCAUGGAGACAGGGCAGAAACACAGAAUGUUGCUAAGUAAAGUAACGGCACCAUAGAUUUUGUGUUGCAAAAUGGUUAUAGGAUUGGAUUGCGACCUGGGGAAGACUGAAGGCAGGCAGAUUAUAUAGAAGACUACCACAACCAUUUCUGGUAAGGAGAAGAUAGGGAGGCUGAACUGAGGCUCACUCAGAGGAGACAAGGGAUGGAACAAUAAGAGCAAUAUUUAAGAGGUGGAAUCAGCAACCUGUAUUUAUGUUCUGAGGAAAGGAGGGCAGUAGUCAAAUUGAAGAUUAUAUCCAUGCACAUCUGAGUUAAUGGUGGUGCCCUGAACUGAAACAAGGGAUGUGGGAGAUGUAGCAUAGUUAGCAGAUGAGUUUGGUUUGGGAAUGUUAGCUUUGAGCUACCUGCAAAACAUCCUGGUAAUGCUGUUCAGUGGACAGUUGGUAAUACCAGUCAGAAAUUCGGGAAGGAGUCAGAACUGAGGGCAUAUAUUUGAGAGUUAUUAGGUUGUAGGUGGUAAUAAAGGCAUGGGAAUGGAACUUUAGCAAGAGCUGAGGGUAAAAAGAAAGGAGGGCCAAUGAUGAAAUUCUAGGGGUUGACUAACUUUUGAGGACUGGGAAGAAGAAAAAUCAGUAAAAAAUAAUGAGAGCAGUUGGGAGGAGCAGAAUGUGGAACCCAUGAGAAAGAACAAUUAAUAGUGGCAACUGCCACAGAGAUCUGGCAAGAGAAAGACUGAAAACUUGGCAACUAGGAGUGACUGGUGACUUGAGCAAGAGCUGUUUGUUUCAGGCAAAAUACAGAAUGUAAUCAUUUGAGGAGUAAAUGGCGGGCAUGGGGAAGGGACUUAGGAUAGGAUGCCGAGGAUUCUUUCCAAAAGGUGGGAAAGUAGGAAUUCCUGGCUGCACACCCUAGUAGGAGAAAGCUGCCUUUUAAGAAUACAGCUGGACUAAAGCAUUUGAUUCAAAAGCUGAAAGUGUCUGUAGGCAUUGUGUGCAAAGGAUACUGAACUACCUGAGCACUGAUACACAGAUUGCCAAAUGUCACCAAGGGCCUGGCUGGGGUUGGAGAUGGUUCCUUUAGUUUGGCAAUAAUGGCAUGGUUGUAUGAUUCUCUCCAGUGGUCUCCAGCCUCCUGGGUGUAGGAGCCAGGAUGCCAAAUGACUGGCUUGAUCACAGUUGUAUCCUGGCAGGGUAGUUGUGGCAGAAGGACAAGAGGUGAGGAUAUUGGGGAUUGUGGUCUACAGGAUUGGAUCUAGACUGAGACAAAGUAGAGCAGGCAGGUCAAGUGGGGAGGGGGUGGAGAUAGAGACAGAGGGAAAAUAGAAGGGCUAGAAAGUCCAGUGAGAUCUGAAGAAUGGUAGGGUGCAGUUAGAGAUGGUUGUGUAGAACUUCAGAAUUACUUGGAAUUUCAGAAUUUAGAAUUUGGAGAGAUGAAAGAUCCAGGGUGUGCUCAUGUGAUUAGUGGAUGAAAUGGAGGAUAGAGACAUAGGUGAAGGUUAGAUCUUUGAACUUAAGAAGUGUAGCCACCAUAAUGUCACCCCAUUCAUACUGAUGUUCCCCUACCUCUGGGAGACAGAUGAAGAUUGAAACCAGGGAAUCCAGUUCUUAAUCAAGAACCAACUCUAUGGAUCCAGGACAGGUUUAUCCCAUGGCCUGCUCUGAACAGCGUGUUGUCCAAUAGAAGAUUCCAUUGGCAAACUGUCUCUGUUGCCUUAUAGAGCAAGCAAAGAAGAUGGAUCGACUGAAGAACCAUCUGCCUGUGUGCUUUCUACCUACUGUGCCCUUUUUAAUCCUAGUAUCCACUCUAGCGGCUGCUAAGAGUGUGACUAAUAGCACUUUAAAUGGCACUGACAUUGUCUUGGGCUCUGUGCCUGUAAUCAUUGCCAGAACUGACCAUAUCAUAGUCAAGGAAGGGAACAGUGCCUUGAUUAAUUGUAGUGUUUAUGGUAUCCCUGAGCCACAAUUCAAGUGGUAUAAUUCCAUUGGCAAGCUGCUGACAGAAGACGAGGAGAAAGGAGGAGGAAAAUGGCAGAUGCAUGACAGCGGCCUCCUGAACAUCACCAAGGUGUCUUUUUCAGACCGAGGUAAAUACACAUGUGUUGCUUCUAACAUCCAUGGCACUGUGAACAACACGGUGACCCUGAGAGUCAUCUUUACCUCUGGAGACAUGGGCGUCUACUACAUGGUCGUCUGCCUUGUGGCCUUCACCAUUGUCAUGGUCCUCAAUAUCACCCGCCUGUGCAUGAUGAGCAGUCACCUGAAGAAGACCGAGAAAGCCAUCAAUGAGUUCUUUAGGACAGAAGGCGCAGAGAAGCUGCAAAAGGCAUUUGAGAUUGCCAAGCGGAUCCCCAUCAUCACCUCAGCCAAAACUCUAGAGCUUGCCAAAGUCACCCAGUUCAAAACCAUGGAGUUUGCACGCUAUAUCGAAGAGCUUGCCAGGAGUGUGCCUCUGCCUCCCCUCAUUAUGAACUGCAGGACCAUCAUGGAGGAAAUCAUGGAGGUGGUCGGGCUUGAGGAGCAGGGGCAGAAUUUUGUGCGGCACACUCCAGAAGGCCAGGAGGCCUCAGACAGGGAUGAGGUUUACACAAUCCCAAACUCCCUGAAGAGAAGUGACUCCCCCACUGCUGACUCGGACGCCUCAUCGCUGCACGAGCAGCCUCAGCAAAUUGCCAUCAAGGUGUCUGUGCACCCACAGUCCAAAAAAGAUCACGUGGAUGACCAAGACGGUGUGCAAUUUGAGGUCAAAGAUGAAGAGGAGACAGAACCGUCAGCCGACCAUUCCCCGGAAACUGCAGAGCCUUCCACAGAUGUAACAUCCACAGAGCUAACGUCUGAAGAGUCAACGCCUAUCGAGCAUUUUGAUUGCCUCAGUUGCUGCUGGAGAGGAAGAAAUUUCCAGAAGCCCCAAACAGAUGUGAAAACUCCAUCUAUCUUCAGUAUGUCAGGCUACAUAAGCAGUACCUCACUAAAGCUAUCAAAGGACAAUUCUUUGGGGCGCCUGGGUGGCGCAGUCGGUUGAGCGUACAACUUCAGC